AUGAUCAAACAGUUCUGUAGAAAGAGCACGACUAUCGUCUCUACAUUGUACAGGUCGACAGGUGCCGAUGGCAAGCAGGUCAGAUCGUUCUGCACAUACUGGAACAACAAGGACAAUCAGUUGCCAUACGACACUACUCCCUUGAAAAAGUUCAACGAGAAUGAGAACCAUAUCGAGCGAUACUUGGAUCAAUACAACAAGCACAAGACACUCAUUCCAUUUUACAAUAAGAACAGUAUAGCUAUCCCAACUGUUUGGGGACUAUACCCAAGAGUGCCACUAAGUGUCUUUGUUGCACCAUCUGCCAGCAUCAUUGGUAAUGUUGCACUCAACUAUGGAUCAUCCGUAUGGUACAGCUGUGUUAUCAAAGCUGAUGUAAACUUAAUUCACAUUGGAAACUUCACCAACAUUCAGGAUGGAACCAUCAUCAGAGAGGCCACAAGACCUCUGUCACUGGACCAUGAUGGAUCAACCGUCAUUGGUCAUUUCACAACCAUCGGUCACAACUGUGUACUCGAAGCAUGCACUGUUGAGGAGAACUGUUUGAUUGGAAUGGGAUCGAUUUUGGAGCCAGGUUCAUACGUCGAGACAAACUCGAUAUUGGCAGCCAACUCUAUCCUGCCCAAGGGCGCUAGAGUACUGUCGGGCGAGUUGUGGGCAGGCCGUCCAGCCAAGUUUGUGCGCAAGCUCACCGAGGAGGAGAUCAUCAACAUUCACGACCAGGCCGUCCAGUACCACAAGUACGCACAGCAACACAACCAGGAUCUGGGCCUGCACAACCCAUCCAGUGUAUAUGUAGACGCCGAGCAACAGGGUAUCCAGGUUGGCUUCAGCGGUGAAUAUUAUUAA